GAAUCAAAUUGCGUUUGUUUAAACACAAUUUCUUGAUGCUCUCGCCGGCUGACUGCAAAGAAAGAAAGAAAGCUUUGAGGCUAUUGAUUUACUGAGUUACUCAAUGUUUAGGAGACUGAAUCUUCCCUGCUGGAUACUCAACCCACUAUACCGCCGCAAUGUACUUCGUGUACCAAAACAGUGGAAUCGGACUCAUCAAUUCUCCUACUACGAGUAAUUGGUUAUUUGAAAUUCCUCCAGAAUCCACUUCACCAAGCAAACUUGGAGUGCCUCUUCCACCUAUAGCUGUCUUUUCGAAAGAUACGAUUGACUGGAAAGCUGUAGAAAAAAUCUUCAUUAAACGCCCGAAAUUAGCUAAAAGUCUUAUUGGACAUGGUGAUACCGGAUUCAGUACGGUUGCUUUCCUUGCUUCUCUGAAUGCGGCCAUAUUGUGUAAAGCGCACUGUGUUUUCGAAUAUGAAAGCCAUAGUUAUUUUGCAACGGAUGGCCAGAGACUUCUCACAAAAUGCAGCCUUAAUUUCAACCCUCCUGAUGAAUCUCCUUUAAAUACUGUUGGUUUAUCAACCAAAAAGUGGUUAGCCAGAGGAGUUGCACUUUUGCAAAUUUUGCCCAUUCUUGAAGAAAAACAACUAUUAGAUGACUUGUUAUCCCUCAUCUCACCAAAGUGGGUUUCCGAAACGGAACAAGAGAAGCCGGUUCAUGAUGUUCAAUCCACACAAACUCAACCGAUAAUGCCAAUCGCGCCAACAGAGACAAAAUCAAUUCCAGAUGCCUCAUUAAAACCCAAAGAAGAACCACCGGUAGAGCCGAACUCAAAGUUAACAAAAAAACCGAAGGUGCUCACACCAAAUCAUGUUGCCACGCGUGAGGUUUUCAAUUAUGCAGCAAAAUAUCUACAUGUCCCGGAAUACACUCUCACUUACCAAAAAGUUUCUAAAAAAGAACUCUCGAACAAUCCCGCUACAUCAAAAAAGCCUACAACUCCAAAAACGAGUUUCACUGUCACCAUAUCUUUGCCUGAACAUAGUAUCUAUGCAACCGCAACUAGCUUCGACCUCCCGCUCACGGAGGCUACGGCUUGUGCAGAGUUCAAAAUGGAAACUGAGAAGCACCAUAUUGCAAACAACAUACCUUCUCAUUCAUUGGAAGGACCAAUCCUUUUAACUACCGCAAAUGUGAGAAAUUUCAUGGAUUUUUACAAUGACUACAAUGACAAAGUAGUCAUUCGGAUAGAUCGCAAGGGUGAUCUUUUCAAGAGUCAAGCCUUUAUCAGGAAUUCUAAUACUGCUGCUCUUGAAACACUUGGUCCGAUCCUUGAGAGAAGCAGUUCUCGUGACCUCGAAACGUUGACUCUCCUAGUUGCUGCAGUCACAAUAGUCAAGCAAAAGCCUCAAUUACUCUUGGAUUAUCUGAGAAGUCUGGAUGGAAGAAUUGGAAAAUACGUGGGAAAAGCUCUUCCUAUGGAGCUCGAACUACACCAGAGUAGUCUGAGCUUAAUGCAACGCACGGUAGAAACAACCACAAAGCUAAAUUCAUCAACACUACGUACUGACGAAUUCAUGGACCAUGGUGUUCCUCCCUUGAUGGAUUAUCGCGAAAACUCCUUCAAGUAUUCUUAUGGCUGGAGAUUUAAACAACGUUCCCGCGAUUUAUCGAAGUGGUUUUAUAAACGUUCGCACAAACAGCAAUACUCGAAGUUGCUUCCUUUAAAGCAAAGUUCGUCUGAAGUAUUGAAUCACAUUGAAAGUAAUCAAUUCUCUAUUUUGAUCGGAAAGACAGGGAGUGGAAAGACGACUCAAUUGUCUCAAAUCAUUUUGGAUGACUAUAUUCGUACAAAACGUGGCGGAAAAUGUAGGGUCAUCUGUACGCAACCGCGAAGAAUAGCCGCGAAGUCAGUGGCAGAACGUGUUGCUGAAGAACGUGGCCAAAAAUUGGGUGAUCAAGUCGGUUACAAGAUAGGCUUUGAUGCUAGACUCCCCAAACCUUGCGGAAGCAUCACAUAUUGUACCACAGGAAUCAUCUUGCAACAAUUAAUACACCAUCCGGAUGCUAUACUUGACAACACAUCACAUCUUAUUAUUGAUGAAGUACAUGAGAGAGAUCUUGAUAUCGACUUUCUUUUGACAAUGGUUAAAAAGCUUGUGAAAGAGAGAAUUGAAACCGGAAAACCCACACCAAAAGUGUGCUUGAUGAGUGCCACCGCCGACGCCGAGAUGCUUCAAGAAUAUUUCGCUUUCAAAGAUGGAAUCCGAGAAAUUACCUGCCCAGUUCUGCAUGUGGAAGGUCGAGCUUUCCCUGUCGAAAAAUAUUAUCUCGAAAACAUAUUGGAUACUUUCAGAGAAACAUAUCCAACAGGUCAUCCUAUCUGGGAUCUUCUCGACUCAAACAAGAAUAAAGUUUAUUUGAAAAGUGAAGAGCGAGUCAAGAAAACUGAUUUAAUCAUGAACAUUGAGAACGAGCAGCCUAAAUCGGUGAUCAAGUGGGACAGCCAUGAAGAUGAUCCCGAUAGUCUACAAAACCAGAUUGUAAUGGACACUUUGGAGGGGCAAUUACCUAUUGAUCUGGCUGCUAUUAUGAUUGCGCACAUAGCGAGCACUACAGAAAAUGGCGCGAUACUAGUUUUCCUGCCAGGCAUACGAGGUAUCAAUAUCAUUGAAAACAAUCUGAAGGCGCAAUGUGUUUUUGAUACAAACUUCAAUGACGAAAAUAAGUUCAAGAUCUUGAAAUUACACUCGUCUACUGCAGAUAAACACCAAGAAGCCUUCAAGCCAGUUUCUCCAGGCUGUCGAAAGAUCAUUCUAGCCACAAAUGUUGCUGAAACCUCGAUUACUAUCGACGAUAUUCAAUAUGUUGUGGAUACUGGAAAACACAAGGAAGAAAAUUUUCAUCAAAUGUUACGAAUUUGGUCGCUGCCUUCCAAAUGGAUUAGCAAGUCAAGUGUGAAACAGAGGUCAGGUCGAGCAGGUCGUGUUCAAAACGGUAGUUAUUAUGGUCUCUUUUCAAAACGUCGCUAUGAUUCACUUAGAAAAACUCCUCGUUCAGGAAUGAGUCGCGUCGAUUUGCAGAGCACCUGUCUCGCAGUUAAAAUUCUCGGUUACAAUGAAUCUAUUCAGGAUUUCUUAGCGAGCGCUCCAGAGCCUCCGUCACCGAAAGCAAUACAGUCAAGCAUUGAGGAUCUUCAAACACUUGGGGCACUCACCUCUACAGAAAAAAUAAAUCCUCUAGGUAGAUUGAUUGGAAUACUACCUCUGAGACCCCCACUUGGCAAAAUCGUAAUCCUCGGAAUACUUUUUCGCUGUCUAGAUUCAAUGAUAAUUUUAGCAGCCUUGGACAAUAUCAUACUUCAAGUACGUCCACUAGAGAUGGAAGAUGAAUCCGAUGCGGCAAUGAGAGGAUUUGCAAGGACAUCCAAAAGCGAUCAUGUCGCCGUGCUCAAUGCUUUCCGUGCGCUGCGCCAUCUGGAAGAAGUUGAUGGUCGCGAAGUCAUGACCUCAUUUGCAUACCAGAAAUUUCUUAGUGUGGCAAGUUAUGAUAUAGUAAAGCGAAACAUAACUUUAAUCCAACAAGCGCUUCGAAGAAAUAUUUCAGUGCUAAACCAAGAAACUCAAGGCGUGGCCGAACUUGGUCAAAAGUUUGGCGGAGAGAUACUGAAUGAGAACUCAGAUCAGGAUGAAUUAAUAAGAGCACUUCUUGUACAAGGCUUGUAUCCCCACAUUGGUGCAUGGAAUAAUUACGAAACCAAAUAUCAAAUUGUCGCCAACGAGAAAGUAUUCGUCGAUGUACAUCCGUCUUCUAUCAAUCACCCUUCACAGCGGCCUAACUUGAAGGUUGAAGGCAUCGCAUCUUUAUCAAAAGGCAAUGCCCAGCUGUUAUCCUUUGAUAAGCUCACUCUCUUAAGCAAUAAAAACCUUGUUAUGCAACGCACAACUGCUGUAACGCCUUUUAUGGUAUCUUUAUUCGGCGGGACGCUGAAUCGGAGUGCAGAUGACGCAGAACAGGUCGAAGUAGAUAAGUGGCUUCGAUUCAAUGUGCGGAGUAUAGACAAAUUGAGAGGCGCAGAGGGUGUUGCGGGACAAACCCUCAUACAUUUCAACAAGGCAUUGCGACAGCUAGAGAAUUAUUUUUUUCACAAAUUGGCCAAUGGUGAAUACGUGGUGGAUGACAAAUUGUCUCGUGAUUUCGCAAAAGCUUUGAAGGGAAUGUUGAUCACGGAACAGGAUAUCAAUAGAGUUGUAGAAGAGGACGAACUCGACCUUGCUAUGGACCUACGCAAGUUUUGGAAUCGAUCCAAAUCUCCACUUGAUGAGAUACCACCAAAGGAGUCCAAGGAGUCCGUGCCAAAGAUCUCACUACUCGAAGAAAUAGAACAUGAUGAAGAAGAUUCUUACGGAUCUUUUUUGGAAUUAGUGGAAAGUGCCUUGGAAGGACCCAUCACCACUAAACUUUAAUCGGAAGCAACAUCUUCCUCCUCACAACCAAAGAAAGCGAUGGUGUUGAAUCAAAGAAUUCCAAAAAUUCUACUCCUUCAAGGGCUAUGCCUAGAUCCAAGUCUCCAAACAAAGGUCGAAAUACUGGAAAUGCGCCUCCCAAAGACCAGCUCCGGAGCUCGAAACCCCCUCCCUGAGAGAACCCUGAAAAUACGAAACCCAAUCGCUUAUUACACGACAUAUUUAAAAGAGUAUGGAGAUCAAAUUAGCGAAAGUCGAGGAGUUUCUCCACAACACGUCUUAACAUCCUCCCUUUAUAUCUCAAACCCCACCUUCAUCGAGAACAAUCAUCCAGAAUAUCACACCCCGGAGAUCCAUGAACAGCACUCCUUCCACUACUUUUGAUGCGACCGAACGCGGCUCACGCCGAUAUCGAAAGACCAGACAAUUGUUUGCGAAUCAUUCAAGUAGUCCUUCCUUCUCCAGCCCAGCCGCUCUCAACAUUUUCCAUCAUGAUUCCAGCCGCCCUAAAUAUCAACGAUGCAGAAAUCAAGCACGAGUGAUUUCUCCAGGAUGGAAAAAAAAAAACAUGGUCCAUAAAUUCUCAGAAGAUGUAACUAGCCAUUAACUAGAGACGACUUUACAAGAAUCCUAGAGUUUCUCCUACAUGUGAUCGCAGAUACAAUCUACAUUCUACAAUCUACAAUCAAACAUGCCUCAAUCCUCCACCAAUCUAUAAAAUCUCUCUAUCUCUCCACCACACUAUGAAUCCACAAGCCUUGCUGAAACCCCAGAUUCUCCUGUGAUUGAAACCUCGAUUUCUUUAGGGAGAUGACGAAAUCUUCCCUAAGCAUAUAUAUAUAUAUAAACUCCAUUCCUACCAGGUGUCAAUUCGGGGGAAAGCGCUGCUCGUAACUUUAUGUAUUUUUGUAAAUCGAUGGUUAUAACUUAAUCAAAACUUAACCGUGUAGAUUAUA